CUGGCGAGCGACGCCGAGCGAGGGGAAUCCUCUAGCGAACUCAUCGCGGGGACGGAGAUCGGCCCGGGAGAGGCCCUGCUCUUUUGCGGGGCUCGAGACUUGGGAGUUACGCUGCUGUUGUUGCUGCUGCUACGUCCCGAGGUGGAAGUAUGUCGGUGGCGGGUCUGAAGAAGCAGUUCCAUAAAGCUAGUCAGCUUUUCAGCGAGAAGAUCAGUGGAGCAGAAGGGACAAAACUUGAUGAAGACUUUCAAGAGAUGGAAAAGAAAAUUGAUGUCACUAGCAAGGCAGUGGCAGAACUUUUGUCCAAAGCUACAGAGUAUCUCCAACCUAACCCAGCCUACAGAGCUAAGCUGGGAAUGCUGAACACUGUAUCCAAGAUCCGAGGGCAAGUAAAGGCCACUGGAUAUCCACAGACAGAAGGAUUACUUGGGGACUGUAUGCUCCGAUACGGGAGAGAACUUGGAGAGGAAUCCACCUUCGGCGCUGCACUGAUUGAUGUGGGGGAAAGUAUGAAGCAGAUGGCUGAAGUGAAAGACUCUCUAGAUAUCACCAUCAAGCAGAAUUUUAUUGACCCUCUACAGCUACUGCAGGAAAAGGAUUUAAAAGAGAUUGGACACCAUCUGAAAAAAUUAGAAGGCCGGCGUCUAGAUUACGAUUACAAAAAGAAGCGCCUAGGGAAGAUUCCAGAUGAAGAAGUGAAGCAAGCCGUUGAGAAGUUUGAAGAGUCCAAAGAGUUGGCAGAACGGAGUAUGUUCAACUUUUUAGAAAAUGAUAUAGAGCAAGUGAGCCAGCUGUUAGUCUUAAUAGAAGCUGCACUGGAUUACCAUAAACAGUCUACAGAAAUUUUGGAGGAUCUGCAGAGCAAGCUACAAAAUCGGAUAAACGUAGCUUCAAGUCGCCCUAAACGUGAAUUUAAGCCAAAACCAAUCACACGGACGCGUCUGGAAAUAAGCAAUGGUCAACAACACAAUGGAAUUUCCUUCAGUCCAUCAAUUGAAUCAUCAGGUUCUUCAUUGCACAUGGACCAACCUUGCUGCCAAGCCUUGUAUGACUUUGAACCUGAAAAUGAAGGGGAGCUUGGCUUUAAGGAAGGAGACAUCAUCACAUUGACCAAUCAGAUUGACGAGAACUGGUAUGAAGGCAUGUUAAAAGGUGAAUCAGGCUUCUUCCCCAUCACCUACGUUGAAGUCAUUGUCCCCUUGCCACAGUGAACGCGCCGUGUCCUUUUCAUGCUGCUGAUGCCACUGAAACAGUGUCUUUGGCCAAAGUGGUGUUUUCAUUUGUGUGGCAUUCUAUGAAAGCCCGUGCUUCUUUUGACCAACUUACUGACUCUUUUGUAUGCAUCUUUUAAGAAAUAUAUUUAUUUUGUAUCCGUACAAUUUGUAUAUAAAUUAUUAAGUCCUUUCUUUCGGUUAAAAGCAAAGAAAAUCAGGCAGCCCAACCCUGUGCUUUUGUGCCUUGAAAAUCUCGCUGAGGCUUUUCCUAAAAGCGAAGCUAUUACUCCCAUUAUAGCAACAAGAAGCCCUUCAUCUAGCGAUGAAUUUUAUUUGUGGGUACAAUUUCUCAGCUACUGUGAGUAACGUUAGUCAUCAUUGAGCCACUACUGUUACAUUUAACUUAACUGUGAAAAGCUAAUAGUUACUGUGCACUAUAUUUUGACUAGAGAAGAAUGAUUGCUUCCUCAGUGUUCUUGUAUUGUCAGCGUCACCCUUAAAUGCUUAACUCUUCACUGACCAGAUAAUAAAACACUCUUGUGGGAAAUACGUUUCCUCUGCAUCUUA